CUUUAGAAACACAACACCACCUCUCCUCUAUCACCAUCCUCUUCGCCACUCCUACUACCACCACCAGAACCACCACCACCAGAACCACCACCAAUUACCAAACCAUGGAACCCAGAACCUCUCUUCGCUUUUUCUUCCUCUUCCUAGCCAUAGCCUUCCUCUUUCUUUUCACCUGGACCCAUCUUCCCUCGACUCCCCCACCCGAUGUCACCGCCCUCCUAGACUGUGCCACCAACUCCCCAUCUCCCUGGUGCAUCCGUCUUCAAUCCAAUAAACCACUACGCGUCUCCGAUACCCCCAAUCACCCUCUCGACCCUCUCACCGUCAAAGAAAUCAACACGGUCCGGUCCAUCCUCUCCUCUCACGCCCUCUUCAACUCCGCCAAAUCUUACGCCUUCCACUCCAUCGUUCUGGAAGAGCCCGACAAACAACAAGUCCUCCGGUGGACAAAGGGCGACCCUCUUCUACCCAGACUUGCCUCUAUUGUCGCUCGUGUCGAUGGACACUCAUACCUCCUCACUGUCAAUCUGGAAACCACUCAAGUCACGGUUCACGACACCGUUCCUCUCGCCGGUUAUCCCACCAUGACGGUGGAGGACAUGACUUCCUCCAUCUGGGCUCCUCUGUCCAACGCCCAGUUCAAUCGUACCAUCACCGAUCGUGGCGUUGAUUUGGCUGACUUGGCAUGCUUGCCGAUUUCGUUGGGAUGGUUUGGGAAGAAAGAGGAGAGCAGGAGAUUAAUUAAGGUACAGUGCUACUCCAUGAAAGACACUGCAAACUUCUACAUGAGGCCAAUCGAAGGUUUGACCGUCAUCCUCGACAUGGACACCAAAGAGGUGGUGGAAAUUUCGGACCAUGGUCGGAAUAUCCCCAUCCCCAAAGCAGACAACACCGACUACAGGUACUCGGCGCAGCAGCUCCGGCAGCAGCAACUGAACUUGGUAAACCCAAUAUCCAUUGAACAGCCGAAAGGUCCAAGCUUUGUGGUUGAAGAUGAGCACAUGGUAAAGUGGGCGAACUGGGAAUUCCACCUGAAGGCAGACCCGAGAGCAGGGGUGAUCAUUUCUCAAGCGAGGGUGAGGGAUUCAGAUACAGGGGAGAUGAGGAACGUCAUGUACAAAGGGUUCACGUCGGAGCUGUUUGUGCCUUACAUGGACCCAACUGACGCCUGGUAUUUCAAGACGUACAUGGAUGCCGGUGAGUACGGGUUUGGAUUGCAGGCUAUGCCGCUUGACCCGCUUAACGAUUGCCCCAGGAAUGCGUACUAUAUGGACGGCGUGUUUCCGGCAGCCGAUGGCAAACCUUACGUCCGCUCCAACAUGAUUUGUGUGUAUGAGAGUUAUUCCGGUGAUAUUGGGUGGAGGCAUUCUGAGAGUCCGAUCACCGGCAUGGAGAUUAGGGAGGUGAGGCCGAAGGUGACGUUAGUGGUGAGAAUGGCUGCAUCGGUGGCUAACUAUGACUACAUUGUUGAUUGGGAGUUUCAGACAGAUGGGCUAAUUAGAGUUAAGGUUGGACUUAGCGGCAUUUUGAUGGUGAAAGGGAGUGAGUAUGACCAUAUGAGACAGGUGCCUAAGCACGAAAAUCUCUACGGCACGCUUCUAUCUGAAAAUGUGAUCGGAGUCAUCCACGACCAUUACGUUACCUUCUACCUUGACAUGGACAUAGACGGCUCUGAUAAUUCCUUUGUCAAAGUUGAUAUCAAGAAGCAGGAAACCUCUCCUGGGGAAUCACCUAGAAGAAGCUACCUCAAAGCUGUUAGAAAUGUGGCCAAGACUGAGAAAGAUGCACGGAUUCAGCUAAAGCUCUACGAUCCCUCUGAGUUCCAUGUUGUCAACCCUGCCAAAAAGACACGGGUCGGAAAUCCUGUAGGGUACAAAGUGGUUCCGGCUGCCACUGCUGCUAGCUUGCUUGACCAUGAUGAUCCACCACAGAAGAGAGGUGCAUUCACCAACAACCAGAUAUGGGUUACACCAUACAACCAGAGCGAGCAGUGGGCUGGAGGCUUGUUUGUGUACCAGAGCCAGGGUGAUGACACUCUUGCUGUGUGGUCCGAAAGAGAUCGACCAAUCGAGAACAAAGACAUUGUAGUGUGGUAUACACUAGGCUUCCACCACAUCCCAUGUCAAGAGGAUUUUCCCAUCAUGCCGACUGUGUCCUCAAGUUUUGAUCUGAAGCCAGUUAAUUUCUUUGAGAGCAACCCCAUCCUUCGAGUUCCACCUAAUCUUGAGAAGGAUCUGCCAGUUUGCAAGGCAGCUGUUUCUGCAUGAAACACUCAUUCUGCGCUUCCUUCAGAAUCUUCAAGGAUCAUUACCCAUGUUACAACUGUCAAGAACAAGAACAGAGAUGAAAGCUAGCACCUCUCACUGUAUAUGUGUGCUAUAAGCAAAUGUAAGCUUGAAUAUGGUGCAAAUCCAUUUGGCUAUAAUUGGUCUGUAUGAUAAUCAGUCAAAUGAAAUAAACAAUUGAAACAUUU